GAUAAUGGUACAGUCCUCGCUCUGUCAACUUGAACUCGCACAUUUCAAGGGCAGUAGUGAACCAGCGUGUCUGCUCUGUGUCGUCUACCUUGUGGGGCACUAUCAUGAACAUGCUUUGCAGAGUUGGUCAAAUGCGCAGGUCUGCAGCCAGCCUGAGCCAAACCAUCAACCAGGUAGCUGCAUCAAGGCAGAAGCACACGCUCCCUGACCUGACCUACGACUAUGGCGCCCUGGAGCCCCACAUUAAUGCAGAGAUCAUGCAGCUGCACCACAGCAAGCACCACGCCACAUAUGUCAACAACCUUAACGUCACAGAGGAGAAGUAUAAGGAGGCACUGGCAAAGGGAGAUGUGACCGCGCAGGUUGCCCUCCAGCCUGCUCUUAAGUUUAAUGGAGGAGGCCACAUUAACCACACCAUCUUCUGGACAAAUCUUUCUCCAAAUGGUGGAGGCGAGCCACAGGGUGAGCUGAUGGAGGCCAUUAAGCGGGACUUUGGCUCCUUCCAGAAGAUGAAGGAGAAGAUGUCUGCUGCUACAGUGGCAGUGCAGGGCUCGGGCUGGGGCUGGCUGGGCUACGAUAAGGAGAAUGGAAGACUUCGUAUAGCUGCUUGUGCUAACCAGGAUCCCCUGCAGGGAUCUACAGGUCUCAUCCCCCUCCUUGGUAUUGAUGUAUGGGAGCAUGCCUACUACCUUCAGUACAAAAACGUGCGGCCGGACUAUGUUAAGGCUAUCUGGAAUGUCAUCAACUGGGAGAACGUGACCGAGCGUCUCCAGACUGCCAAAAAGUAAAAUCUAAUCCUCAAAUACCCCAUUCACUCUGACCUGAAUCAAAAAGUAGUUGCAAAUUAUGUUCAGUUUUACCUUGCAUGGAGUUUUAACGUGAUCAGCUGCAUCAGAAUCACAAACUUAAAAUUAUUUGCAAGUGCUUUUUAUCUCAGGUCUGUUUCCAACUUCCAGACUCUUUUCAAGCGCACAAAUUGGCCUCCUUUUUACUUUAAGGCUGGCUUUCGUUAAUCACACUCAAAUUUGGCUGUGUAAACUGUAUGUAAACUAGGUGUCGAAUAACCAGAGUGUAUAUUAAGUGAGCGUUAUCUUUGUCAGAAUAACUCACACCAAACUCAACAACAAUAUUAUUGCAGCCCAUGUUUUUGAUGUAUUAUAAUAAAAUUAUAGGAUUUCAAUUGUAAAA